AUGGCGUCUGGCGCCGUUAUUGGGGUCUCCAGCCUGGCGGUGACAUAUGCCUUUCUGCGCUUCUUGCUUCUGUACACCCACGACGAGAAGGAGCCUACGGCGGUCGCGACAGAAAUCCCAUUCCUCAGCCCAAUGAUCGGCAUGGCGAAGAAAGCCAAGUUCUACACAGACAUCCGUAAUAAGUAUAAUCUACCCAUCUACACCUUGCGACUUCCUGGGUCGAGGAUUUACGUUAUCAACUCAACCAAUUUGAUCCCUGUCGUUCAACGUCAGGUCCGUGUCCUCGACUUCGCGGCCAUCGAGGCAAGAGCCGCGAUGAACGUGAUGGGAGCGACACCGGCAGGCAAAGAAAUACUGAAGAUGAACCGCAACGGCGUGGGUGAGUAUAGCUACGCUAUAGAGUUUGACAAGGCAAUCCAUCCCGCCGUGACCCCAGGUGCCAGCCUAGAUACCAUGAACAGGCUCUCCAUCCAGAAGGUCUCCGAAUUCUUAGACACAUUGGCUUCGAACGCCCCUACAACUAUGAACUUGUUUGAGUGGGUUCAAAAGAACAUUGCCUGGGCUACUUCCGAGGCGGUCUAUGGCCCUAGCAACCCAUUCCGAGAUCCCAAGAUUUUGAGUGCGUUCUGGAAGUUCGAACCUGGUAUUGUGAUUCUCUUACUCCAGCUGUUCCCCUCUGUAUUGGCCAAAGAAAGUCUUCAAGCUCGCGAAAAGAUCGUGAAAGCAUUCAUGGACUACUUCGGCGGUGGCGGACACGAACAAGGUUCAGCACUCAUCCGCGCACGAUACCAGCACAGUGUUGACUACAACGUGUCAAACGAAGAUACCGCGAGGUUCGAGUUGGGAGGUGCUGUGGCGAUUUUGACCAAUACCAUUCCAUCCGCAUUCUGGGUUCUUUGGCAUAUCAUCUCAGACGCCGCAGCUCUCGAGGAGUGCAGAGAUGAAUUAUAUCGCCUUUGCAAGAUCGAAGAUGGCAGUGUCGCCAUCGACAUAACUGAGGUCAAAACUUCGUGCCCGAUCUUGCUUUCGACAUUGCAAGAAGUCUUGCGUGUCCACGGCACUGGCACAUCUGUUAGAGUAGUCCAGCAAGAUCAUCUCCUCGAUGACAAGUACCUACUCAAAAAGGGUAGCACCCUCAUGAUCCCCGGCCCAGUUCAGCACAGCUCGAAAGCCGUAUACGGCGACAGCGUCAACGAGUUUAACCAUAAGCGCUUCGUACGUACUAACGGUAGACGUCUGAAUCCCGUUGGAUUUCGCGGCUUCGGUGGAGGCUCUACGCUCUGUCCCGGUCGACAUUUCGCCAUUACGGAGAUCAUUGCAUUCGUUGCCUUGAUGAUUCUACGCUUCAACAUCAAGCCCGUGAGUGGCAAAUGGGUCCGCCCCACAACAGAUAAGGCUGGCAUGCACGCCACUGUACCACCACCAGAUGCCGAUGUCGAGGUUGAAGUCACGCUACGGGAGGGUGGCUUGGCGUGCAAGCAGUGGAAUGCAAUUCUUACAGGCUCGGACAAGGCUAUGGAGCUUGUCGCUGAGGAUAUGGAUCAACACUAG